AUGCUUGGAGAUUCUGAGUCUGCGGGAGUCAUGUCAGGGGACCCUGGGAGCCAAUCUGCUUGAGCUUCUGCGUGAUAAUUAUUCAUGGGCUCCUGCCCCUCGCUCUUUCUCUAGCACGGUCCCACUCUGCAGACUCAGUGCCUUACUCAGACUCCUCUCUCGCUCUCUCCGCGGCGACAGCCGGACCCUUCUCCUUUGCCUUCGCCACCGCUCUGUGCGUGCACAUCUCUACAAUGGCUAAAACAGCAAUGGCCUACAAGGAGAAAAUGAAGGAGCUGUCCAUGCUGUCACUGAUCUGCUCCUGCUUCUACCCAGAGCCCCGCAACAUCAACAUCUACACUUAUGACGACAUGGAGGUGAAGCAGAUCAACAAGCGUGCCUCCGGCCAGGCUUUUGAGCUCAUCUUAAAGCCACCAUCUCCCAUCUCAGAAGCUCCACGAACUUUAGCUUCUCCAAAGAAGAAAGACCUGUCUCUGGAGGAGAUCCAGAAAAAGCUGGAGGCUGCAGAGGAACGAAGAAAGUCUCAGGAGGCUCAGGUGCUGAAACAACUGGCCGAGAAGAGGGAGCACGAGCGAGAAGUCCUCCAGAAGGCUUUGGAGGAGAACAACAACUUCAGCAAGAUGGCGGAGGAGAAGCUGAUCCUGAAAAUGGAACAAAUUAAGGAAAACCGCGAGGCUAAUCUAGCUGCUAUCAUUGAACGUCUGCAGGAAAAGGAGAGGCACGCCGCAGAGGUACGCAGGAACAAGGAGCUGCAGGUCGAACUCUCUGGCUGAAGCAGUGGCGGGUACGGCACGCCCCUCCCGUAGUAAAUCCCCCUGCCUAUAUUAUAACAGAUCAUGCGAUAUCAGUACGGGAAAUGUAUGACAUGGUUUAAAAAGAACUCAUUAUUAAAAACAAAUCAAAACAAAACAAAACAAAAAAACAGAAUCAAAAAUAAAAUACAAAUCAA